ACAGAUGUUUGCACAAACAGCUGCGUUUCGGCAGAGAAUAUUGAAGAGUAAGAAAAGCAAAAAGUAAUACGGGAAGGAUUAUUUAGUGUGGAAAUUUAAAAUAAAUCGUUAAAAUGAAUAUACCUUCGGGGAUUGUAACUCACACGCGGCAAGUAUGCAGUUUGUAUAAACGCGCCUUACGCAAUUUAGAAUCUUGGUACGAUCGCAGAGAAAUUUAUCGUUACCGUGCACUACUACUGCGAAAACGCUUCGAUGAUAAUCGCAAUGUUAAAGACAUGGCUGUGGCAGCUUGUUUAUUGGAGGAAGGUGAAAAAGAAUUGUUUAACACAAUGCACUAUCAGCCCCUUAAAAAGGCGAAUAGUCCUGGUGGUUGCGCCUUUGAACGAGAGGUAGAAUUACCCGAUUGGGUGUUUGAUUAUUGGCAUCCUUUGGAAAAAGCUCAGUAUCCCGAAUUUUUUGCUAAACGCGAAGAACGAAAAAACCAAUUUGUAGCGUGGUGGGAAAAUCAAUACGGCAAACCAGAUCCCAAGGAUUUGCAUCACUAAGCGCAUCCUGGAGAACUGCGAAAUAAUUCAUAGUAAUCAGUAGUUUUUUAAACAAUCGGAAAGGCAAUAAAGAAAAUUGUUAAUUAAACCCAGUAU